AUGCUCAAAGGACGAAUGUCGGACACCCAAUGGGCCUCCCGUACUUUUGAGAAGCGCCGCUUCUACGUCCCACCGGAGGGCAGUGGCAUUGACACAAGGCUGUGGAGCCAGAGUGUCAUUCAGCUACACGGUGGAGAGAUUGUGGCGAGCCUGACUCCGGGCCCCUUUGUGAUCGUUGAGCGCCCAAAGUCUGCCUCCCUCUCCUACCCGUACAUACACUACUUGCCGGAUAACUACAUGCCUCCUGCCGACGGCACCCGCAACUUCAACAGUCUCAUGUACGAGAUCUACAGCCUUAACAAGACGGAACGCAGGUGCAUUGUGUACACCUCAGAUUGGCUUGCAUAUUGUCUUGACAGAUGCGACCCGAUACAUAACAGCCGUGCCAGCCUGAUCUACGAAGUGUCUGUUGUCAUCCUCUCCGUCAAGGAGUACAAUGAGCUCUACAAGUUCUCACCGUCUGCCCCGCCUGCUGGGAACGCACAGAAGGACAGGGCCCCCGCCCUGCGCAGCACUAAGAUCUUCGCCCGCGGCCGCAAGUCCCCGCUCACCUUCUACCUCGACCAGAAUUGCGCCAAGCUCCAGCGCAUGAUUGAGGCAAGUACUACCAAUACCAGCAGCUCUGACGCUCAGGACGAGGGCGGCGAGGUGGUGGAGCCAUGGUCAGCCAUCAUCCUCGUCGCCGAUGCAACCAACUGGGCAGACGUCAUGGAUGACACCCAGCGCGAGGUGCUGGAUCAGCGCAGUCUCGCGAGCUUUGUCGUCACUCCGUCGUAUGUCGUCGAGUGCGUGGUCAAGGACACGGUCCUUGAUCCGACGCCGUUUGUUCUUCCCAGUGGUGAGCAGUAG